GUAAGCAGUAGUAAGCUCGGCGACAUAUUGACGGCGAGGCUCGCUACUAUAGAACAGGAAACGACUGUCGAUAAGAGACGGUCCAUCGACAUGUCCACCUAGUCAGCAUUCAGUUGUUUUCAUUGUUUCAACAAGCGCAAUACCGAACGACCACGUCUUGUCUUGUUUCUGACACGGUGACCACGACAUGUCGCAAAAGGCUCUUAUCCUCGAAAAGGUUGGCACUCCGUUGGUGCUGAAAUCCCGGCAUAUACCAGAGCCAAACGAGAAUCAGAUACUACUGAAGAUCGUCGUAGUAGGACUCAACCCCCAUGACCAGAAGAUCCGCGACCACGGCCUCAUUAUCACUCCCGACCAUCUGCCUUACAUCACCGGCAAUGACAUUGCGGGAGUAGUAGAGAAGGUCGGAUCGGAGGUAACCAACUUCAAGCCGGGGGACCGCGUCUUCGCGCAAGCCGACAGCUUCAGCGGGCCCGAUGGAGGCGGCGUGCAGCAAUACGCCAUCUCACCGGCCGACCUGGUCGCUCCCAUCCCAAGCUCUCUAUCCUUCGACGAAGCAGCCACGCUCCCCACCGUGGCCAUGGCAUCCUUUGUCGCCCUCUUCCACCCCUCCGGCCUCGGCCUGCCUGCCCCUUAUUCCAGCGAGCGCGAGUCGUUUGACUACCAGCAUUGCAGCCUGCUCGUCAUCGGCGGCGGAUCCAACUGCGGCAAGCUAGCCAUCCAAUUUGCGCGGCUGGUCGGGUUCGGGACCAUCGUCGCUCUCGCAGGCAAGACGCCCGAGAAAGAGGCUGAGUUGAAGGAGCUCGGCGCGACUUACGUAUUGGAUCGCCACGCCGCGGAUGUAGAGGAGCAAUGCCGUAGCAUUAUUGGCGACGACUUGCUCUACGCCCUCGACGUGGUUAACCACGACCCCGCGGCGCGUGCCCUUGGCGUAUCGCUACUCUCGAAUAGCAAACGGGGCAUUAUAGCGACGUUACUACCGGGUGGCGUAGAUAAGUCAAAGGUUGGGAGCAAGGUGGCCGGAUACGAGGUGAGAUUUACGCAAGGGGCGGGACACCUUCAUCGGGAGAUGGGACGGCUAUUCUGGAAGCAUCUGCCAGGUUGGCUAGAAGCUGGCGAAAUCCGCCCGCUGGGGCAUUACAGCACUAUUAGUGGGCUUGAUGAGAGGGCGGUUAAUAAGGCGUUGGAUGCGUAUCGCGAUGGUAGCGGCGCUAUAAAGGUGAAUGUUCACCCUCAUGAAGCCUCUUAGAGUAUAGCUUUGCAAGUAAUAAGUACUACUGUAGGAGCCAUUACUCCUCUGCUUGUGAUCC